ACAUGCUCACAUAACAAGACUACACACGCGCCACUGAUUACAACAAACUGUCUUCGCAUGCGUGCGUUAAAGCGCAGCGAUGGACGCGCAUCUGUGGGCUCAGCUGCAGGCGGGCAGCUCGGAGGUGGACUGGUGUGAAGGCAAUUAUCUCAUCUAUCCCGGAAUCGCGGAGUUCUAUAACACCAUAAGCAACGUGCUGUUCUUCGUCUUGCCUCCGAUCCUCAUGUGUCUGUUUCGUCAGUACGCCACGCACUUCAACAGCGGCAUCUAUCUGAUAUGGGCUCUGCUGGUGGUCGUCGGUAUCGGCUCUACUUAUUUCCAUGCGACGCUGAGCUUCCUGGGGCAGAUGCUGGAUGAGCUGGCUAUACUGUGGGUGCUCAUGUGUGCCAUCGGCAUGUGGUUUCCCAAGAGAUACCUGCCCAAGAUAUUCCGCAGAGACAGAUCGAGGUUUCAAAUGGUCAUCGGCGUCCUGUCAGGGAUCACCACCUGUCUGGCCUUCAUCAAGCCAGCGAUAAACUCAAUCUCUCUCAUGGCGCUGGGCAUCCCAUGCACCGCUCUUCUCAUCACAGAGCUAAAGAGGUGUGAUAACCUGCGUGUGUUUAAGCUGGGUCUGCUCUCGGGUCUGUGGUGGACUCUGGCGCUCAUGUGUUGGAUCAGUGAUCGCAUUUUCUGUGAGAUGUGGUCAUCCGUCAACUUCCCGUAUCUACACUGUGCCUGGCAUAUCCUCAUCUGCCUGGCGUCUUAUCUGGGAUGUGUGUGCUUCGCUUAUUUUGACGUGGCGUCGGAGGCUCCAGAGCAGGGGCCCGUCGUCAGAUUCUGGCCCAGCGAGAAAUGGGCUUUUAUUGGGGUGCCGUACGUCACUCUUCUGUGUGUGCACAGGAAGCCCUCUAUUAAGGUGACUUAGCCUGUGCUUCCAAGGUAUCUGACUACACUUCAGUGCACUUUGUAAUGGACUUUCACACGAAAGGAGAAUCCUGGUUUGCAUGUGGAUUUUUAAGGUUUUGUUUUUGGGGAAGGAUGACGGUCAAUCAAUGUGUUCAUGUGAGUAUUUAGUAUCUUAACAGCACAAAAUCAGCUUUCAGUUUACUUUGGGGAAAUCAUUGUGUGUUAUAACUUUACUGGGUGUUAGUAAAGCUUGGAAUAUUUAAAGGGGUGGUUCGCUGUUUUUUUUCUAGGCUUGAUUGUGUUUAUGGGGU